GGGAAGGAGUUGUGAGAAGGGUUUCGUCCUCCCUUGACAACAACAUCCCUAUCCAAGAUGGCGCCGGCCGAUACGCCGAUUGUGACGUCACGCGCCUUCGGGGCUUGGGGGCGGAGUCGCUGCUUCAGUGGGCUCCAAAUUUAAAAGGCUCAGAGUUGCCCGCGGAUUUCUCCCGCGCGCAGCUGUGCUCUGUGCUUGCCCGGUGUUGAAUUAUUUUCCAACACUUGAGGGGUUAUUUUUUAAAAACUUAAAUACAUGGCCUCCAGCGAAUGCUUUGCAACCCCACGGGUCACGUUGAGAAGUUUGUGCAAAUAGAUCGCCUCGUUACGUCGACUUCGAAGACCGACCCCUCGAGCCCGACAUUUCCCGGGGAAACCUCGCCCCGAAACCGGUAAAGGCCGCUAGGAUAAACGUAAGGCUUGCUCGCGGCCUUGGUGCCGCAUUCUUUCAUUAUAUACAGAAGCAGAUCGUUGAAUAUUGGUCGUGGUGAAUUAACGUGAGGUAAAAUAAAUGAUUAUUGAAUGCAUUAUACAUUUAUUGUAAAUGUAAAGCAAAUUAAUUAUUUAGGUAUAUACGUUGACAGCGGUUUCAAUGGCACAAGCUAUUGUGAAAUUGACUGCUGAUCCCGCGCUUGCACUUGAUAACCCUCUUACCGUGAACCACAAUUGAUACUUAGUGUUUUUUUAAGUGCACAAAGUGAGACGUGUUUCGGCGACCGUCGUGAAGUUGUGAGUACUUUGGCGUAGUGGUGUCGAGUUAAUUGAAAGGAGGCGAGGGAGCGCUGCGAGACGGGGCGCCCCGUCCAGGUUUUUUUUUUGGCGGGUCAAAAAAAAGGCGCUCAUUUUCUUGACGCCUUCGCUCGCGAAAUCAAAUGAAAAUUCAGCAACGCGUAUUGUUUUAGAAUAUGUACAUAUUUAGUACGCUUUGCUGACAUUGUUACCUUUCGUUUGUGCUGUCUGUCAGUGAAUGCGAGUGUGUAUAUGUUUAACAAAAAAUACGAAUUAAAUGAGGGAACUCGCCCUUGUAAAGGCGGCAAGCGCGUUCCUCCAUUUCGCGAUUUGGAUUUACGUUGAAUUUGCUGCUUUGCGGGUGGUUUAAUCUAUCGAUUAAACACCGAAUAUAAGCUCUAUAUCGGUAAAUAGCAAUCUCUCGCAUGCAUUCUCCCCAGUUUCGUGUGAUAGUUGGGUUAAUAAUGGUAAUGUUGUGAAAUGUACUAGUUUGCGCCGGCUGAGAUAAACUGCCUUUGUGUCGCGUUUUAGGUUCGUCUCCAAUUGGAAGGUAACUUUCACAAACGGGUACUGUAAUGAAAACAUACUUAAAAAAAUUAUGUAACCAUAGUAUUUUUUGAGUCACGUUUAGCAGCACAAGAAUUGGCAUUUGUGCAUCCAUUCGUAUGUCGUGGAUGUGGACGAUCGUGACUGAGGAACACAUUCUGAUAUUCUAGAGGGGACAAAGUUGAGCUUGGCACGUACUGUAUAUAAUUGAGUCUAUUUUUAAAAAAUAUAUACAUUUUAGAAUAUCCGCACUUAAAUUUGACGGGUUUCACUCGGGAAAGAGUCAUACAAAAUGUUCUUCAUUCGUUUAAGCCUCAUGCUAAACACAAUUGUACCAUCCGCUAUCAAUGAAGCAAGCAAUUCGCCUUCCAUUUAGUGUGACGUUAAAGCUGAUAAACAGUUACAAAAUUACUUUCUGAAUUUGUUGUUUUUAUUGCCCUUCUACCUUCACAGAUUUGCUCAGAGGAGGAAACAACGGCAGGCCAAGGAGAGACUGACAUCCCCAGACAUCCUUUGCAAUGCCUGCUGCAGUGCCGAUCCUGUUUGUCGACACUGCCGAGCUGAGCACACUCAGCUCUGGUCCUCGUACACAACGAAGCAGCCAUGAAGCUCUCUUUCCUUCCAUGGAGGAGGUGUUUUUAUCCUCCCCUGCCAGUAUAUUUAUGCCUAAGAUUGGAGCAGCGUCUCAGAGCAGAGAUAGAGACUCGGGAGUAGGGCUGAUGGAUGAGGACUAUUUGCCACGCGAAGCCUCGUGCUCUUCCAGUAACGACAAACCUGAGUUGACCACAGGAAAUGACAAGUUAAUGGAAUUGGACGAUUGCUUUGAGCCAAAAGGUGACGCUACAGGUGCGGGCAUCGGUGGUUGUCGCCGGAGUUUAAGGCAUUAUCCUGUCAGCCCUGCGAAGAAGCCAGCCAAAAUGGAACCGACCGCCACGACUCGCCCCGACUUCUCAAAGCCUCCGUACGUUGAAUCUGCAGGAGGCAGGGGGCACGAGCCAAUGUGCGAACAUUCGUUAAGCGUGUACGACCACGUCACUUUACCCAGAAGAGAUUCCAACAAGCGCUCGCAUUCGCGAAGACUUACUCGCGCUUCUUUGCAAGAGAUUCCUCCAGGCUGUGGCACAGCCAGCGAGGGUGUUGAGCGUGUAGCCGCGGUGGGUGAAGCUGCUACAGGUGGAAGCGCGUGUCGGGUUUUGACCAGAUUCGCGCUCAAGUGCAGCCAUGUUCACGAGCCGUCGGGCAUUGGUGGAGUUGGCGGUGGCGACUGCGGAGGUGGAGCCAGGGUCUGCUCGCGCUGUGUCCCUGCACCGAAUGCGGCGCACACACCUGCACUCAGAUUUGCCUGGGAGCUCGCCAUCUGCGUUCACAAGCGCCUGAACGUCGACGCCACGUGCAGCACUCCCAGCCACGGGGGGCAGGCGAUGAUGAACCCCUCGGCGCUCGUGAACCCUGAACUGAGAGCACGCCUCGUCCACCUCAUCGGCCGCAAAAUGGGCGAGGAGCACGUGGACAUUCUCGGUCAGCUGGUAGCACGCGACCUCCGACACGUCAUUCAAAAGGUCCUGCUGCACCUGCCAGCCCGUGAUGUCGCCAGGGUGCUGGUGGUGAGCAAGCAGUGGCAGGAGAUCGUCACUUAUGAGAGGAAGACACUGCGCAAACACUGGCUCAUUCGGAGUGCGGCCAGCAAGCAGACUCGCAUGUCCCGCUGCCUCCAUGACAUGAAAGAGAAUGGGAGUUUAUCUACAACCGGUUUAUUGAAACGACAAAAUCGCGCAUCGCGGGGAAGCAAGUCUGUGGGUCCGGGGGCUACGGAAACAAAGAGUGGUGGUGCCGCAAGAGAGCCAGCUGACAGGGCCAGCCGCUUUUUUAAGGCAGCACGGGAGUUGUGUCAGGACGAGCAUCUCCGCGUGUGUCACCGCUGCAGCUGGCCGGCGCGCUGCACGCGCUCUCACACACGUGCUCUCUGCACAAACGGCUCCUGCGCCUACGACUUCUGCACACGUUGCCUGUGUGCGUACCGUGGCAUGUGCAAAUGCUGCGCGACGCCGUCAAACGGUGGCGCAACCACAGCAGCGGGGAGCGGGUUGCCAGGCAGCAGGCGCAGCCGCCGCAACCUUCAACGGCUCUAAUUUGCCGGCUCCGAUUCGCUGUCUUCGAUUCACUAUGGCUGCUUGUAGAGUGAAGUUGAUUCUAUUGUUUUUCCAGGACAGUGGUGAAUGAGAUAGAGGUCUCGUUUGAUCUCUGCUUUUCUGUGGUAUACAGCAGGAUUCUGCAACUAAAUUAACCGACUGUCUACAAUGUUCUUGUCUGUAUGUCGUGUUCAUCAUCUCACGAAUCUUUAUCGCUUGCUUACAGCUCUUUCUAAGCUCUUUAGCAACUCGCUGUUCUGUAUCUCUUUGCCUAGGCGAGACCUCUCUUACUGGGCAAUAGUUUGGCAGGACACUCCAAAGCCUUCAUAGUUGAAGAACCUUGGGGUUCAGUAUUAUGUAAUGUCACAGUUCAUUUGUCACGCUGUUCUCCUUUACACUCAUGUUUUAAAAACGUCCUUGCAGUGCUUGCCGAAUCAUGUGUUCUAAUGAAAUUGCACUGAACUUACAACCAGCAAGCAGCGUGUAGGGUGCACAGUUGAAAAAAACAUUCUGCAAGACAAAAAAAAAUUGUUCAUAUAUUUCUUUUUACAUGCUACGUCUUGAAUUAUUUUUUUGUGGGACAGUGUUGUGGUAAGAGUUGUCAAAGUGUGUGAUGCCACUUAUUUAGAAUGUAUGUAAAAUGUGAAACUUGGUACGUGUGAUAUUUCUGUAAUGUGCAGCCAAAAUAAUAUUCUUGCAGGGCUGUCCAAAAAAGCACAAACUAUAUAACAAUUAAAUGUACCAUUAUACCCCUUUUUUAAGAUGGGGUAUAUUUUAUUAAAUCCUUAUCACUGGGCUAGUUACUUUUUAGGAUUUCUGCUUUCCAUGCCAUUUUCAUGUCCAGGAUUUUACUAAAUUGUUUCCUCUACAUGUGCCUUCAUUCCCACCCAGAGAUUUACCAAGAAGAAAGACACUGGGCAAUUAUAGAUUAUUUUUCCGCUUGCUAGGAUUGAGGUUGGUUGACAGAAUUUGAGACAAUACCUUGUUUGUCAGUGUUAACGCAAUAACGUGUGCAACAGUAGUAAACAUUGCAUGAACAUCUUUGUAGACUGCUUGUUCCAACGAUGUACAGAGACCAACGCUUCAAUGCUGGAAGCUGUUUCACGUUUGUAGAAAAAUCUUGCCAACUGCCUUUUGAGGUCCAUAUUUAUAAUAUAAAACCCAUCUGUGCCUUAACUGUUAAAUGCCCCCAUGAAAGAUUAAAUUAAUUAGAGUACUAUUAUGAUUGCCAACUGCAUUGACGAGACAAUGUUUCUGGGGCAAAAGUGUUUUAUAUUUGCUUGUGUCUUGGUGGUUAGUGUAAUGAUUAACCAUACCAAUGUAAGAAUGAAUGAAGCUGUUUACAAUGGGAUGUGUGUGGGCUUGUAAAUUAAGCGUAAGAGAUUAACCCACGCUCAGAUUUCAGAUGUAUUCGUACAGCUGUAUUGUUUCCUGUUUAACAAUGCAAUAGCCAUAUACUUGAACUUUUACGAACAGUACAUACAAUCUUUUUAAUGGUUUAAUGCAAUUCUGACAUAUAAGUUGUAUUAUAACAUUCUGAUGUGUGGUAAGUGGGCUUAAUGCUUAUUUAAAUAUAGAUUUGUUUUUAAAGUUACUGAUGCCUGAAGGCUACUUGCACACUUGCUGUUUUACACAAGGUUGCAAAUAUGAUGUGAUGAAUGGUGGAUACCUGUUUACAGUCGUCUAUGCGGGGUGCCUGCUGCUUAAAUAUAUUUUUGAAUGAAGACUUUCAGUGUAGCUUGCCUUGAAAAGAACGCGUUGCAAGCCACUGACUAAAAUGUAAUUGUCAGAUUAAAAUGUUAUUUUAAAUGUGCUUUAAAAUUGUAUUAUAUUGUACGAGUGCGUUAAAUGUAAAUAAAUUCCAAUAUUAAA